AUGGAGGCAGCUCCGCUUACACUGGCCCAUACCCACGCGAGAAAUGCUGCAUUCGAGACCCGCAAAUCGAAUCCCGUCGCCGCCAGUGAGGAACAUGACUUGGCUGCCGGCGAAUUCGCUACCGCUGCCCAGAAUAGCUCUGACCCAGAGGCUCUCCGAACCUUGCGGCUACUUGAAUACCAGCACAAGACUCUGGCCGAAAUCUUGAGAUUCCAGCAUGAGCAUCCUGCUAGUACAACCGCCGAAACACCGAAGACCUCCCCCUCGAACGCUGCAGCGCAACCCUCGGCCACAGACCCCGGGAGCACCAAGGCCACAAGCCAGGAUGCUCAAAACCAGCCGCCGAAACUACCGGGAAUGCCUCGGAUGCUGAGUCGCGAAUCCUCAUCUAUAGCCAGUAACCUGGCCUCGGCUCGUGGUAUACCUUCGCACCCUCGUCGCGGAUCACCGGUGUCACCGACUCUUUCUGCCCAACAAGCCGGAGCGAAGAUGACGGAGGGGUCGAGGGCCAAAUCCGGUGAAUCAAGAUUGCGGGAGGUUCCAAAUAAAACUCGUCAGAGCCGAGCAUCUGCACCCAAACAAAUGUGGUCUCCUCCGAUGCCCAGUCCUACAGAGAUCAUAUCCCAUGAAGUCGUACCAGCAAACGCCGCCGAAAAUCUGCCUUCCAAGUCCAGAUCAUCGACGAAUGACGAGGGGUUCCAGCGGUUCUAUUCCACAUUUGAAGGCCUGAUAUCCAAGAUUUCAGCUCCGUUAGCCUUUGCUGGGCUUCCUUUGUUAUCAGAGGACCCCGCCAAGGCUGCGUCUGCAAACCGGAAGUCGUCCGCUGAGACCAAACUAGAUCGCCAUCAUGCAACUUCAGACCGAUCAUCCUCGACAGCGGAGCCGGACGUGAGUCGUUUAUUCUCUCGAGCAGCUCUGCGGUCGAUUCGGGAUACGCCCGGAAGCGCCCCUGGAAACCCUGCCGAGUCCUUCUACGUCGUUCCUACAUCAGGAGGAACAAUGUCUUAUGCCGGGAUCCUAACGCGAGCAGAGAAGGAGGCUCGUCGGAAUAGCUUGGACGAGGCUGAUGAUGAAUUUGUUGAUGCACGGGAAGCUCCAGCGUCACCAGAGAUGCGCCAGAGUACAGGCAGUUCUCGAAGUGGGCGUCGAGGUGCGCCAGACAAACUCAUAAGCCAGAACCCGAAAACCGUUGAAGAACUACAGAUGGAGAAUCAGGCACUGAAACAGCUGUCCGAUACUCUAUCAAAGCGACUGCACAUGUGGGAAGUCAAUGCACAGUCAUCAUCCAUGGCACUUCAGCAGUCAUUGAGAUUCAUGCAUCAUCACAACACUGGAUCUCCAGAGCAACUGGCACAUGGCUUCUCAUCUGCGGCAUCCCCGGUGGCCCAAAUGUCCACGGCACCAGCAAUGUCCGAUAUAGACCCGAAGAUCAAGGAGCUAGAAGAACUCGCUCAUCGCAAACAGCAAGAUCUGGAUCGCAUUGCACAGGAGAACGAAAAACUGAAGACCGUCCUUGGACGGUACCGUGAUCGUUGGGAGAAAUUGAAAGAGGGUGCCAAAACACGAAGAGCAGAGGGUCGUCCAGCCGAUGGCCAGAGCAGUCAACGACCAGAUAUUCCAGCCUCUCCACACCCAGACACGGAUUCAUCUAACCAAGCGGCUGGCCGCAAUGCUUCUGGAUCAGAUACUGGAGGUAACGCAGAUGCAGCGCCUUGA